AUGUUCGCAACUAGACGUCUCCUGCAAGCCUGCAGGAUCACUUUAUUCUCCAGAGACGACUGCGGUCUCUGUACGCAGGCCAAGGGCGUGCUUUCCAACGUUUGGGACAAGCGGCCGUUUCUCUACACGGAGGUGAACUUGGCAAAGGAGGAGUCUAAGCAGUGGAGGAAUUUGUACGAUUUCGAUAUCCCUGUUGUCCACAUCAGCAAAGCAGAGGCCGGCGAAGAAGACAUCAACAAGGUCAGCCAAGCCGUCAAACUAAUGCACCGUUUCACGGAAGACCAAGUCGAAGCCAAGAUGGAUCAAGUGGAAGGCUUAUAG